CGCCUCGCGCGGCAGAUUCGAAGCUCGGGCGGGGCCGGCGGGCCGAGGCGGCGGCUGUGGCGGCGACGCAGGGCGUGAGGCGGCGGCGGCGACGCUCCGGUCGGGUCCCCACUGCUCCCGGGGGCGCCAUGGACGAGGCCGUGGGCGACCUGAAGCAGGCGCUUCCCUGUGUGGCCGAGUCGCCGACGGUCCACGUGGAGGUGCAUCAGCGCGGCGGCAGCACUGCAAAAAAAGAAGACAUAAAGCUGAGUGUCAGAAAGCUACUCAACAGACAUAAUAUUGUGUUUGGUGAUUACACAUGGACUGAGUUUGAUGAACCUUUUUUGACCAGAAAUGUGCAGUCUGUGUCUAUCGUUGACACAGAAUUAAAGGUUAAAGACUCACAGCCUAUUGAUUUGAGUGCCUGCAAGGUUGCACUUCACAUCUUCCAGCUGAAUGAAGAUGGCCCCAGCAGUGAAAAUCUGGAGGAAGAGACAGAAAACAUAAUUGCAGCAAAUCACUGGGUUCUGCCUGCAGCUGAAUUCCACGGGCUUUGGGACAGCUUGGUGUACGAUGUGGAAGUCAAAUGCCAUCUGCUUGAUUAUGUGAUGACGACAUUACUGUUCUCAGACAAGAAUGUCAACAGCAACCUCAUCGCCUGGAACCGGGUGGUGCUGCUCCAUGGUCCUCCUGGUACUGGAAAAACAUCGCUGUGUAAAGCGUUAGCCCAGAAGUUGACCAUUAGACUUUCAAGCAGGUACCAGUAUGGCCAGUUAAUUGAAAUAAACAGCCACAGCCUCUUUUCUAAGUGGUUUUCAGAAAGCGGGAAGCUGGUAACCAAGAUGUUUCAGAAGAUUCAGGAUUUGAUUGAUGAUAAAGACGCUCUGGUGUUUGUGCUGAUUGAUGAGGUGGAGAGUCUCACAGCCGCCCGAAAUGCUUGCAGGGCGGGCACCGAGCCGUCCGAUGCCAUCCGCGUGGUCAAUGCCGUCUUGACCCAGAUUGAUCAGAUUAAAAGGCAUUCCAACGUGGUGAUUCUGACCACCUCCAACAUCACCGAGAAGAUCGACGUGGCCUUCGUGGACAGGGCUGACAUCAAGCAGUACAUCGGGCUGCCCUCUGCAGCGGCCAUCUUCAAAAUCUACCUCUCUUGUUUGGAAGAACUCAUGAAGUGCCAGAUCAUUUACCCUCGCCAGCAGCUGCUGACCCUCCGAGAGCUGGAGAUGAUCGGCUUCAUCGAAAACAACGUGUCGAAACUGAGCCUUCUGCUGAGUGAGAUUUCAAGGAAGAGUGAAGGCCUCAGCGGCCGGGUCCUGAGAAAACUCCCCUUUCUGGCUCAUGCGCUGUACAUCCAGGCCCCCACUGUCACCAUCGAGGGGUUCCUCCAGGCCCUGUCUCUGGCCGUGGACAAGCAGUUUGAAGAGAGAAAGAAGCUUGCGGCUCACGUGUGAGCCCGGGCUUCCCCAUCAGGUGCUUUUCCCAUGGAGAACACCCAGCCGGGAAGUGAGGCGGCCCCGCACAGCGUCCGCCCGGGAGUCCCUUCUGCAACCACCGCUCAGACCGCAAGCCAGAGAGCCACGAGGCCAGGCUUUGUUAGAAGAAGCGGGUUGCAUUCAUGUUGUUUCGAAAUGCACACGGAGAGACAAACGGCUUGUCGUUUUCGCUGUUUGUAAAAGAUGACUCAGAGGGUUUGUCUCCUUGUGAAGCCGUGUUUGCUCCCAGCCCGCCCGCAGUGGACGGGACACGUGAUGCCAACAAGUUUCAUUUAACAGCAAAAAAGGGAGAUGAAUGCAGGUGUUGUGGCAGCAGAAGAGACUGUGUCACCCUGAAGAACUUGUCAUCAUUGCAUUAGGAAACGCUCACAUCGCUCCGGGUGGAAGGCAGCAAUUGCUUUCUGGUAACAGCUCGUUUGAUUUCAUGCAAAAAUGUUUUCAAGACUAGGUAAUGGGUAAGAAAAGCCUAUUUCUACCUUUUACCAACUGAGAAAAAGGGGUCGGUCAAAUGUUCUUUCAUAAAUCAUCAGACAUGGUCCCAUUUGCAGGAAGAGCAGGUGCUGAGUGUUCAGGGAGAUGCAUGCCGGUGGUCCGUGACCCAGCGCGGCCCCAGCACUGCUGCGUUUUCCGCCCACCGUGUUUGUGCAACAGCGUUAGAACAUCUCUAAUGAGGGUUCACGUUAAUAGAUACUAAAUACAUGACUCAGUUACUGGUUUCUCAGAAUACUAUGUUUUGCUUUUAUGCUGAAAUAAAUGUCAUUAAUGUUUUGCAUGUGAAAUUCACUUUUGAAAGACAUCACCUUUUGUUUAGAACUUUUUAAGUCUUAAAAUAUUUUUCAGAA